GUAGCCACCUCUCCGCGCUGGCCCAGGUGUCUCCACUCCCCUCCGGAAAACCUGAUGCCAUCUAUUUGCUCACCGCGGUCACGUUUGUUUGGGUGUCUGCUCCUCCCCGGGAAGCGGCAGUGCCACCGCCAGGUACCCACAGCCCCCGGGGACAUCCAGGAACAGCAGCCGCCUUGUGCCGGCACCCGCAGCUCCGCACCUCUGGGCACAAAGAGCCGGCGAGAAGAGGAGGAGGAGGAAAGGAGGAGGAAGAGGAGGUGAUAAGGGGCUCGCUGCGUCGCCUCAUUUCUGCACCCAACGCACGGCUCGUGGGGCGUACGCGAGUGCGUGCAUCCGCUGCUGGAGGACUACGGCUGCUGCAGCAUCUGCGCCGAGCUGCCGGCACGGGAGUGCCAGGGGAACGUGCCUGUUUGCCGCCUGGUCACAAGUGUUGCGAUGCGAAAACCGAACGUGCCCGCGGAGGGAAGGAUGCGCCGACAGCUGCACCUGUAAGGAGAGGAGAAGCUUCCCAAGGCGUUCGGCAGCAGGCAGCCGAGGCUCCGGGCUCUGGCACCUCCUCCCUGUGGCUCCGUCACAGCUUGCUUGCUUGCUUCAGAUCUCUUCUUUAAGUGAGAGAAGGAAAAAGCAUUCAGAAAAAAGCCCUACAACAGGACAGACCCUUGCUGGAAUCUAACAGGUGUUUGCUGGGAUUUGAAUGGGGAGGGGAUGGGUGGGGAGAAAAGUUAACUGGAGAAAUUGGGGCUAGGAGAGAUGCGAUGAUCUUGCGCCAAGUCGAUGUGCCGUUUCUGCGUGUGAACAGCGCGUCUGGAGCAGCUUGGAGGGAUGCCUUGGAAGUCGUCUGUUUGAUCUCCGUAGAAACACUCACUUCUGCCUGCAAACUUUCCUCUGCCAGAAGUUAGGAGAAAUAAAAAAAAAAGAAAAGAAAAAAAAAAGAAACAUUAGAAAAUCAAAAGGGGAAAAUCCCAGCCGACAAAACCAUUUUGACCUAAACUGUUGCAUCCUGACGCGGGGCUGCAGUGCGCACAUCCAUCCGGCGCCUCCCGGGCUUUGAGCCGGUGGGCGCUGGGUGGUGGCUGCCCCAACGUUGGGGACAGCCGAGCAGCAUGCUGGCUCUGGCACCUGUGGCCGGCCAGCAGACCCCGUGUGCCUGACACGCCGGUGGCACCGGGGCCGUGGCGGCCAUGGCCGCAGCCAUCGCCAGCUCCCUGAUCCGCCAGAAGAGACAAGCCAGGGAGCGGGAGAAGUCCAAUGCCUGUAAGUGUGUCAACAGCCCCAGCAAGAGCAAGGGAAGCUGCGACAAGAACAAGUUGAAUGUGUUUUCCAGAGUCAAACUCUUUGGCUCCAAGAAAAGGCGAAGAAGGCGACCAGAGCCUCAGCUUAAAGGUAUAGUUACAAAGCUAUACAGCAGGCAAGGAUACCACUUGCAGUUGCAAGCAGAUGGAACAAUUGAUGGAACAAAAGAGGAGGACAGUAGUUAUACGUUGUUUAACCUCAUACCUGUGGGUUUACGAGUGGUGGCGAUUCAGGGGGUUCAAACAAAAUUGUAUCUGGCAAUGAACAGCGAAGGAUAUCUAUACACAUCAGAACAUUUUACACCUGAAUGCAAGUUCAAAGAAUCAGUAUUUGAAAACUACUACGUAACAUAUUCUUCAAUGAUCUAUAGACAGCAACAGUCUGGCCGGGGUUGGUAUUUGGGUCUUAACAAGGAAGGAGAAAUAAUGAAAGGAAACCACGUGAAGAAAAAUAAACCUGCAGCACACUUUCUUCCAAAACCAUUAAAAGUGGCCAUGUACAAAGAGCCUUCUCUCCACGAUCUCACAGAGUUCUCAAGAUCUGGAAGUGGGACCCCAACAAAGAGCAGAAGUGUUUCAGGAGUGCUAAAUGGGGGUAAAUCCAUGAGCCAAAACGAAUCAACGUAGCCAGGUUAAGGCAAGCCAAGUGCUCUCUAAACAGAACCUUACCUCUGGAUGCAGUUGAAUUCUUACUAGCAGUCUUUCAUCCAAAUGUUCAAUUGCCCAGGACAAGCCACCGAACUUGCAUAGGUCACUCGUUUAUCAGCCAUUAGAUCUACUGGUUGUCAAAGGAUAUACCCCAAUAAUGUAGAAUAUGCUUGUGCAUAUCACAAGGCACUUGGAUAGCCAGCAAACAUAACUGCGGAUUAAAUCUCGGAGAAGAGGUGUCCAGAUCUUUCUCUCUCUCUCUUUUUCUCUCUCUCUUUCUCUCUCUCUCCUAUGCUUUGUGGAAUACGAAACAAAAACAUUGCACAGCAUUCACUGCUGAUAAGAAUUUGCUUUCCAACUAAGAAAAAGACCACUUUUGCUCUUCAAAGGAAAUUUUAAUGCUUAUAUGUUUUAUAGGGGAAACAAAAAACAAAUAUGUAAACUCUGUUGUUUCCUUGGCUUACAGUUUUAUAUCUAAGGCUUGAUAAAAAAGAUGUAUCCUUUAAUUUGAACUAGUGCAACUUUUUGAUUUCUGAACUCCAAUGGGUCUUUAAAGCUAUGUCUUUCAAAAAAAUAAUUAAAAAAUCAGGGUUGGAACUGAGAGUUGGCGUCUCAGGCUCUAGCAAACAGUGUUCUUGUGGUUUUAAACACAACGAAAUAUAAAUUUUUAUAGAUUUGUAGUUUCUGGUAAAGUUCUUGUGCUAACCCCAGUCUGUAGGAACUGAAAUGUUUUGUUAUCCCAAGUGGAAGUUGACAGAAAGGGAUAAAAUUAUCCUCCAGUGUAGAUUUCUCUUAAUUCCAUUUUGUGUGUCAUGUUAAACUAUUGUUGUGGCUUCUUUUCUAAGGACAGAAACUGUGGAAUUAAGGUGACUUAAUUUUUUAUAAGAAACGUCUUAUUUGUAAAAGUCCUUCUUUCACUGUAAUGGGCACGUGAAUAUUGUGUAGGAGGAAGCGUUAGGACAGGUUACCCCUAAACAACAUAUACUUAUACAUGCUAUUGGAAACAGUUGUUUAAAAAAAAAAUGUAGUUAGGUUUCCAUUUAGGUCAUCAUGUCUGUUGCAUGGGAGAAAGUUGGAAUAUUGGCCUAGAGUUGCAUGAUGUGUAAGAUUUUGUGCAUUAAUCAUCGUUGGAUUCUGUGCUCCAAAACUGACAUAGUUCUGUACAGGCAGCUUUCUGCCUUGUACAAAAGAGUUGUUUAUUAUUUGUUGUAUACACAACCAUGCACUGAAUAAACUAUUUAUAUUAAGAUGUAC